AGUACAAACACCGUGGGCCUGUCACCAUAAUCUCGUCAUCCUCAGACGGCGCCCCAUGGCAGUUUUGGCAACGCUUUUUGCCAGGAUUUCGGUCAUAAGAUCCUUCAGAUGAAACCUGGCACAUUUCACGUUCCUCGAGCCUUUUUAACGGUUUGCUCUUGCGUCGUCAGUCGAACGAAAAUCACUACCACUAUCCUGUGCGGAUCAUACCCCUCAUCAUAACCUAACCAAGUCCAUCAACUCACAAGAAGUGAUGAAGUUUGCACGAUACCUUAAUGAUACACAAACUCCCGAAUGGAAAAAGGCAUACAUUGAUUAUCGUUGCCUAAAGAAGUGCAUCGGUGCAAUUCGUGCAGAACAUAUUGCCAGGCAGAACUCCACUGGAACCACCGAUGUUGAUCGGGUUCGUGGGCAAGCCAAAGAAUAUGAAGAGUACAACGAGCUGUCCGUCGUCAUACGACAAGAUGCUCCAAUUGAAGGGACUUCGGCUCUUUCCCCAACUCGAACCCAGCGAAGGGAUACCCAGAUACGUCCAUCGCUCAGAAUUUCGAUGCAUGGUGUUCUGCCUUCCUCUCAUCUCACAGGCUCGUCAUCACAGGCGACUCCCUUACCUCCAAAGUCUGCGCACUCGCCACCCGUAUUCCCCUUUUUCCGUGAUGCAGGCUCUCCAGCUCCACCUGCCUUACACACGCUCCUCCCUCUACUACCACCACUUCAUGCAAAUUUUUUCGAGCUAUUAGAUUCCGAAUUAGAGAAAGUCGACUCUUUCUAUUCCAAACGAGAGAAGGAAAUGCGAGAUCGCGGCAAGCAGCUCAAAGAGCAGCUUAAUGAACUUGGGCACCAUCGCAAGAAGUACUAUGAAUGUAAUGCAAAUGCCACAGCGCCGAACUGGGCUUCACGAGCUCACCUAUGCCUGAAAGCGGCUUUACAUGCCCUUAACCAACGCCACACAGACAAGCAUGAUAAUCAACCAGGGCUAGUAGCUUCUGAGUCGGGUCGGGGAGGUCGUUCGAUCACCACUGGAGAUGAAGGAACUUCCGAACGCAAAACCGUGUCGCCGAUUCCUGCGUCUAGCGCAGGUGAUUCAACUCAAGUUACGUCACUCAAGAGCAAUCGCUCAACGCCGUCCACCAAAGCGAAUGGCAAUAUCCCGCUGACAAAGAACAGUAUGUCCUUUACAAGCCUACAGGAUUACCAAAGUGCGAAGAAAGAUCUGAGGAAAGCUGUCGUGGAGUACUACCGUGGCCUCGAGGCACUGAAUAAUUACCGUAUACUAAAUCUCACUGGUUUCCGCAAAGCUGUCAAGAAGUAUGAGAAGAUUACACAGGUGCCUGCUCAAGCCGCUUAUAUGAAGGAGAGGGUUGAGCCCUCAUCUUUUGCUUCUGGCGCAAUGGUCAGCUCAAUGCUUAAAGAGAUGGAAGAGCUGUUUGCCGCAAGAUUCGGUACGUCGCUCAAAGCUCCUACCUUUUCUCUAUCUACACGUUAUCACAGAACGUGGUGACAAGAAGAAAGCGAUCACUCGUCUUCGUGCCGGUGCGACACAGAAAUCCCAUCAUUUCAGUACGUUUCGUACGGGCAUGUGGCUUGGGCUAUCUAUACCAGCGACGGUUGCUGGUUUCACGACAUGUAUGCG